CGCAGUUGUGUGUUUUGAAUGUAGUGGAGGCGUAGUUUCAAUAACUUCGGAACUUUUUGUCAUGGACACUGUGUAGUGAAUGUGUUGUAAUAACAUAUAGCAGUUUGUUGUCAUUUGCUGCAACGUCGCAGUACGAAAGCUAUGUCCAAAAUGUUGAAGAGGAAAUUUGAUGACGACAUGGACUCUACCUCUGGAGGAAGAGCUAAGCAAGACGAAUUGGAGGUGACAGGUGUUUCGCGCUCAGGUCGAGUUCGCAAGAAGUCUUCAAAACUGAUGGAUUUUGAAUCACCUGAUGAUAUUGACAAUCGGUAUAGGCGACGUGGUGGCGACUCAUUUAGUUCUCCUGUUGCCGGUAGCAGUGGCGGCAGAGGGCGAGGCAGGGCAUCGUCCACAUUACACUCAGACCGCACAACAUCCAGUUCCGGUGUCCAUCAUCGUGAUACCUUGUCAAAUGAUGGGGGAGAUGAUAUCUAUUCAAGUUCAGAUGAGUUCACAGGAGAUGUUCAAGAUGAUGAGUCCAGUUCCAGUUCUUCAUCAUCUUCUGAUGAUGAAGCAGCAUCUGACGAAGAUCGACUUGUGGAAGAACGUAAUACAACAGCCAUCCCCGAUGAAAGCAACAGCCGGACAGGCGAUGAAGGACCUUCAGGCUCAGGAACAGCAUCUCGUGGAGGUCAGUCAUUGUAUAUGCUCGAGAAAUCAACGAAGAAGAAACUUGUGGUGCGAGAUGGUCGUGUAGUUGGACGUACUAAAGCACAACGGAAGGAUAAAGGCAAAACACGGUUCACUGCCUACAUGCUUUGGGCAAAGGAGGUUAGGCAGGAAAUACUACGUGCUAAUCCCGACACAGACUUUGCUACUAUUAGUAAGCGUCUUGGUGAGCUGUGGGCAACAGUACCCAACAACGAGAAGUAUGCUUGGAAAAGGCGUGCUAAACGUGUCGCUUUGACCAAGCCUGGAUCAGAUGCAUCGGCACAGAGUUCUGUAACUCAAGGAGUUGGCGGAUCAAGUCAGCAGACGGACGGUGGUCGCUGGCGGACUUCUGGGUCCCGCUCGAAGUUCAUCAAUAAAGCUGGUGGUGGAUCCUCAUUAUCGGGUGCAACAUCGGGGGCAGCCGCUAGGCAAGAAAGUGGCACUACUACUGGAGGAAUGUCAGUGACUGGCGCAGUUGGAAGUGGUUCACGCAGUAGUGCAGGUACAUCAGCAUCAAGUGGAAGUGCACGCCACCACCAGCAACAGCAGCAACAGGUUGCAGAUUCAAAGGCUGGAGCUGCAGCAGGAGCAUCUGGUGGGCGGGGACUGGUAGCUGAGCCUGCAGUGGGACCCGGCCUAUACAAGGUUGUUGGCACACAGCCUGUGGACGUGGCAGCUCAUCUGAAGUUGCUCGGGGAAUCACUCGGCAUCAUUGGUGAACGCCUGAAAGAACAUGAGGGUCAAAUUGCUGUUUCUGGUAGCCUAUCUGUCUUGCUGGACUCACUUCUGUGUGCUCUUGGCCCUCUCAUUUGCCUGACGCGGCAGCUGCCAGAAACCAACAGCUGUCCACCGGAGAUGCUGUCGAAACUGCUUGACAACAUUGCCUACUUUAUGCCAGGCCUCUAGUGGUAAAAGGAAAGGUGUACUUCCUUGCCAAAGAAGAGAAUGGCUGCAGACUGUGAAGGUUUAUAAAGACCUGAGAAACUUGUCACACUGCCUUGGAGAUGUGCAUGGAAGGCACUGUGAAAUUAGUGCACCUACCAGUAGUGGAACUGAUUUUUAUGAGUACAGUUAUGACAGGUUUUUCAGUGUAGUUUUGUUAGGAGCCACUUAAUGUAUGCAAACAUCAGUCCUAAAGGAUGCAUGUCAGAUGGUGGAAUCUGAAAAAUACUUCAGUUUUGGAAACAAGUUGAUGCUAAUGUUUUAGGUGUACUAGAGGAGGUGCCACUAGUAGGGAGAACAACAAAUGUGCUUUAAACGUUCAAGGGAGACCAAGCACUUGCCCUGCGUGAGUAUAUGUUGAAACCAUGCUUUGGUGAACACACAUGACAGCUGGAUGAAAGUGUUUUCAACUACAGAGUCGGUAGAGCUAGGGGGGUGGUAGUGAACAUUUUGAGAAUUACGCCUGCAGUUUUCCCGAUGUUGAGAAAACUUUUGCUUCUGAGUUCAUAGACAGCAUGCACAUAUCUGCAUAAGAAAAAUUCAGAGCUCGAUACACUUGUACACACUAAUAGGACCAAUUGACAACAAACUGAAAAUUGAAGUGUGGUUCUUGCCAGCUGGUGGCAAGGUAGUGAACACAAGAGAUCAUUUUUGUGUGAGACCUGUGCCUUGAAAAUCUUCAAAGACACAUGCAGAAAUUUUAAAUAGAUUUGCACAACAUUUUAACUCAGAUGGGUGAGUCACCUGACAAGACAAUUGUGAUUAAUCUGUAUUUAUGUUUGUGCAAAGGUUCAGUUAAAGAGAAUAACUAAACUGUGAAUCAUUUUUAUUCAUACUAGUAUGAAUAUACAGUAGCAUUUGACCAUGUGAUAAAUGUAAGUUCACUGAACUACAUGGGAUUGUUAACCAAAUUUCCCAUGUCAGCUUGAACCAGCAGUUCAUUCAUUUUAUACUGUCAUUGUUUUGUACAUUUGUAGUGUACUCUCUUAAUUUCACUGUCAUAUAUUCUUCAUAAUAAUGACUUGCUCUCUUAGGCUUUUCUGCAUCACAUGCUUUAACAGUGUUGUCGCACAAAUAUUCUUAAUGUUUGUGAUACCUCAAUAACAUCAUUAUUCCCCAAGUUGUCUUCUGCUACCUCCUGAAGUCUACAUUCAUCUUCCUCUACAACAAUUUCUUCAACAGCAUAUUUUGUUGGCUUGACACGACUUUUUCAAACAAGUUCUUACAUGUACAAAAUCAAAGACCUAUUUUGGGUGGAAGAAACAUUGCUAGUAUCAGGGUAUAUACGUGGACAACGAAAAAGAAAAUCCUGGAUUUCCAUGUUAAAAAUAAACUUUUUCCUUAUUGAGUGACAGUAUGCUUUUCCUUGGAACAGUAAAACUUAUCAAUUUAUUUAUUUUAUUUAUCCAUCCAUUGACAAUAAAUAUUGUAUGGAUGUUGUCAAGGGUACAUGUAAGCCAUUUCAAAGAAAUGGGACACAAACAAUAUAUACGUAAAAAAGUACAAAACAAAAUAGUACAAUGAAGUUAAUAGUAAUACAAUGAAAUUAAUAUAGCCUAUAUACAUCCCUGCUUGUUAUUUUAAAUGCAUAGUCUGUUUUUCAUAAGGCUUUAGUUUUGUCCUCCCUAAACGGAAAGUCCUUAUAUACACAACAUUGCUUAAGUAUAUAUUUACAUCACACAACAGCUGUCCUCUAAGUAUGUAAAUGUAACGGAUGAUUAGGUAAUGAAUGAUUAGGUACAGAUAGAGUAUUUCCAUUGUGCCUUUAUAAAUAUCAUCAGAAAAAAAUUUAUUGACCUACAUAGUCAUUUACAGAAUAAAAACAUUGUUCUACUAGAAAUUUUUUAAAUUCUGUUUUUUAUCAUCUUCUAACUGCCUGAUGUUGACUGGCAGUGUGUUGUACAGUUUUUCACCGAUACGGCUCACAUGCCUUUGUGUAUUCGUUCUUUUUGUUCGCUGAGUAUGGAGUGCUGCGCUAUUACGGGUAUUGUAGUUAUGAAAGUUGGCAUUUGUCUGAAAAUCUGCAAUGUGGGUCCUGACAUACAAUACAUAUUUGUAUAUGUAUAAUGAUGGUAUAGUAAGUAUUCUAAGCUUUUUGAAUAUGGGUUUGCAUUGUGUCUGUGGAUGACUGUGAGUUAUUAUUUGGAUGGCCCUCUUCUGCAGCAAAAAAAUUUGUUUUAGGCGACAUGUUGUGGAACCCCAAAAUAUUAUUCCGUAUGUGGCAAGAGAUUGAAAAUAGCCGAAGUAUGCCAUUCUGGCACCCUCUGAGGUACAAACAUAUGCAAUAAUUCUGAGGACAAAACAGGCUGAAUUAAGUUUCUGCGCAAGUUUUAUUACGUGGUCAUUAAAAUUUAAGUUUUCAUCCACAUGAAUCCCCAGCAAUUUUAUGGAUGUCAGUCUGUCUUAAGGCUUUGUCACGCCACACCAGAUCGAGGUUUACAUUUUGACAUCUUUUCCCAAACUGCAUAUAAUUUGUUUUAUUUACGUUCAAUGUCAACCUGUUUGCAUUGAACCAAGAAUGGAUGUAAUUUAGUACUUUAUCAGCAGUUGUUGGUAGCAAUUGCUUUGGUGCACUUUUCAUCACACUAGUAUCAUCUGCAGAUAUUAUUGCUUUGGCUGCAUCAUCUGAGGUGUGAAAAUCAUUUAUAUAGACAAGAAACAAUAUGGGCCCUGGGAUGCUGCCUUGUGGUACUCCUAUUUCUACAUUUUUUGCCUCUGAUACUGAAUUUAUUUUGUGGUUGGAGUAAGUUGAUGUCAGUCCUACAAACUGUGUUCUGUUUUUUUAGGUAAGAUUCAAACCAUUUUUUUCCUAUCCCAUGUAUACCCAACACUUCCAAUUUUUCUAAAAGAAUGUCCUGGUUCACAGUGUCAAAAGCUUGGGAGAGGUCUAAAUUUACUCCUACUAUACUAAAUCUUUGUCUAGAUUUUUGAUUAUUUGUUCAGUGUAGCACAUUAUUGCUGUUUCGGUAUUUUUACGUGCUUGGAAGCCAUGCUGAUUCCUGUUUAGUAAAUUAUGGUCAUUUAGAUAUUUGUUGAUUCGGUGCUUCAUCAGUUUUUCUAAUAUUUUUGAAAAUGCUGGGAGAAGAGAUAUUGGGCGAUAGGUUUUUACCUUAUACUUGUCGCCGUUUUUAAAUAAUGGCUUCACUUUUGAAAUUUUCAGCCUUUCUGGAAAAGCUCCUUCACUGUAUGAUAAAUUGGCUAUGUGUGCAAAGGGCUUUGCGAUUUGUGGUGCUGUCCUUGUUAUGAUUGACACAUGCACCUCAUCUAUGCCAACCGACAUUUUGGGUUUCAAGCUUUGUAUCACUUUCAACACUUCAC